GAGAGGACAGGAAACAGAGAGCAGAGAUAAAGACAAAUAAUAAUAAGAGGAAUCUGAGACAGAGAGGAUUGAAGUGAUAAAAGGUGAUAUAUGCAGGAAGUGUUUCUGAGGAUGAAGCUGAGCAAGAGGAAGCUGCUGGUGAUCACAGAGAACAUCGAAAUGAAGCUUUUCUCUUCAGAGGAAACCUGCAUGGUGACAAUAACACAUGUGGAGGAGGAGCUCAGCUUCCACCAGAGUCCCCUGGAGCAUCCUCUGGUCCUGGACUGCGAGGAGGACAAGGAGGAACCGGAGCUGCAGGUUCAGACCCCGCCGCGGCAGCAGGCCGAACCCAAAACAGCUUCUCCUGUCAGGGCCGAGGUCCAGCACUGUCCCCCUGUCCUCGGAGCCAUGGAGGACAUUGAGAUUGAGAUGGAGGUGUUUCCUCCCCUCCCCAAGUCAGAGGAUUCUUCCAUCAUGAGCUCGCCGUCCACAAACAGAGCCAGUCGUCUCAGGUGGAAGAGCCUGAGUCCUCAGAGGACAGGACUGGUGGUCAAAGACAUCCUCUGUCUGCCCGGAGGACACGAGCUGCCUCAGCUGGAGAGGCACACUGUUCCUCGAGCCAAAGAACGAGCCGCUCUCGCCGCUCUGGGAAUGACCGCUCGCAUCACCAUCGAUUGUCGCUGGUCAGCCAAUCAGAUGGAGCGUCGGCUGGCGGCGCUCUUCCAGGAUCAGUCUGUGGAACGGGCCGGACAAACAUUCUCCUUCACUUAUCUACAGUGUGUGCCGGGUUCCCGGGUUCUGUUUGUCCCCGACACUCCUGCAGAGGGCUGGACAGGAGAACAAGUCCUCAGGACCUCCGGACACGGUGCUCUGUACGUCCUCCGCUACCAGGAGCAGCCACAGGAAGAAUUGGAGAAGUCAGCAAGUGAAACACCUGAGGUGAACAACGGGACGGAGUUUUGUCUGGAGAGCUGCUCAGACGAAGACAAUCAGACCGAGUCCUGUGACCCCGACACCACAGAGGAGAUCGAUCUGGACCUGGACUCCAUCCUGACGCGGUUCAGGCAGGAGAACGUGGAUCAGGACUCAGAGAUCCAGCUCCAGGUGAAGAGGAGAGAUCUGCUGCAGGACGCCCUGAAGGCUGUGAGGAGGCGGGGCUUCUGCUGCAGGACCACGCCCCUCGUCUCCUUCAGUGGAGAGGACACGGACGGCCACGAGGGGCCAAUCAGAGAAUUCUUCAGGCUGAGUCUGCAGCAGCUGCAGCAGCAGAGUUGUGUGUUCGAGGGUCAUCCGGGUCGUUUGCUCUUCACCUACGACCUCGCCGCUCUGGAAGACAGGAAGUAUUACGAAGCAGGCGUUCUGAUUGGCUGGUCCCUGGCUCAGGGCGGGCCCGGACCUCGCUGUCUGCACCCAGCGCUCUACCAGUUGAUGUGUGGCCAGAAUCCGUCUCUGGAGGACUUCAGCUGGAGAGACAUUGUUGAUAUGGAAACACAGACUCUACUGCAACAGCUUCAUGGUGCAGAGCGUCUCUCUCCUGAUCUCUCUGACUGGCUGUCGAGCUGCAGGAUCCCUGAAGUCUCAGCACAAUCUGAUGAAACACUGUCCGUCUAUAUAAAGCUGGUCAAACAUCACAUCUACCACAGGGUGUCCAGUAUGAUCUCCCAGUUCACUGAGGGGCUGAACAGCUGUGGUGCAUUGUGGGAUACGAUGCGGUGCCACUGGGAGCAGUUUGUCCCGGUGAUGACCAGCGAGCAGCAGCAGCCUCUGACCCUCCAACACUUCAAACAGCUGUUCAGUGUCUGCUACAGCCGAGCAGACGGCGGGCUGAGGACGGCCGAGGAGACGACGGCGGGACACUGGGACACCGUCCUCAGCAGGGUCAGCGACGGUCAGACAGACUUUUCCUUUGAAGACCUCCUCACCUUCAUCACCGGAGCCGAUCAGCUGACUCCUCCUGGACCCCCCGGACUCAUCUCCCUCUGUUUUUAUUCCCAGGAUGCUGGCAGCUUGGCUGUGCGUCUGCCUCAAGCCUCCACCUGCGCCCUGCAGCUCUUCCUGCCGCGCGGCGUGGCGUCGGCUGCAGAGCUGACGGAGCUGCUGAGUCGAGCCGUGCAUGAGAGCCUCGGCUUCACACGCCUGCAGACCCAGAAACACGCAGAGGGCUGCUGCAUAGAGGUGAUGACAGGUUAAUGAAGCGGGCGCCCUCCUCCUCCUCCUGCUGCUGCUGCACACUCACAUGUUUCUGCAGAAUCUGAAGUGACUGAGUUUCUGUUUGGGCCUUUAAUCACUCAGUGUGACUCAAGCCAGGUGUUGAAUAGCAGCUCUGCAUGUAUUCUGUAUCACUGGAACAAUAACUUCUUUUAGCAGAGCAGCAGGGAGGAGUUCUCGCUGCUCCAGAUCAAAUAUGAAGGCUUGACGUGUUGACAUAAUGAAAUCUGUUGUUAACACAGAUUCGGGGAAGUGAACUUGAAAUAUGUAACUUCAUAGUUUCAUUCUUCCUGUAAAGAUUAUCAGCCACAUUUUGUUUUAAUCUUCCCAUAGUUGGCAUAAAUUAGAAACAGAUUCCGAAGUGAUGUGAUCAGACUGAGUCUUAUUUUCUUCUAUUUUUACACUUUUUUGUCACAAUGUUUUGCACAAUUGAUAUAAAUUAAUUUGUUGUGUUUUCACGUAAUGUUUUAAGGCAGAUUUCAACCAAUAAUGUGUAUAUAUAAAUAAGUAUAUUUGCUUUAAAAUCAUGUUUCAAAGGAUUUAUUAAAGAAGAAGGAAAAUGGAUGCUUCAAAAAGA